CGUAGAGGCGAAACGCAUCCAAGGCUUCAAUGACACUUUUAGCUAUCAAGUACACCGAAUUUAAACCAUUUCCCUCAUCCGCCACUUUCACGGCAGAAAAUCAAUGCAGUACUAAAAACAUGAGCACAUCUCCCUCGACGUCGGUGUCCGAUUCGCGCUAUUUUCAGCCGAAUUUUCUCGAGAAAGUCAAAAUAAAAGUCCACUUAACUGGUUUACGCUACAAAAACACAGUGUUGGAGAAAUGCAUCUUAGCUUCGAAAAAGAAUCGUCGUAUCUCACUUCUAAAAACUCGUGCAACCAAAAGGGAACAACACUGCAACAUAGAACAUCUAAAGGAUCGAAAUCAACAAAACUGGGUUCAUUUCGUAGGUGUUGGAGGUUGUGGGCUGUCGGCUUUAGCUUUGAUUGCUGUUAAACAAGGUUUUGAGGUUAGUGGUUCAGAUAUACAAUGGAGCAGUUUCAUGGAUGGGCUUCAACAAGCUGGUGUACGCUUGCACAUCGGUCAUUCUACGUUAAAUAUUCAAAGCGAAAAUGGGUCCAGAUUCCCCAAUUGCAUUGUUGUUUCUAGUGCUAUCAGUGAAGAUAAUGCUGAGGUUUUACAUGCCAAAUCAAUUGGAAUACCUGUUUACAAACGAGAUUAUUGGUUGGCAAAGCUCACCGAGAAUCACACAUUGAUUGCUGUCUCUGGAACUCAUGGGAAGAGUACAACUUCUGCUUUACUUGCUUAUGUUUUGAAAGCAAUGGGAGAUGAUCUCAUGGCUGUAGUAGGCGCUUCCAUGCCGCAGUUUCCUGGUGGAAAUGUAAUCUGGGGUGAUGGUCCGCACUUUGUGCUUGAGGCUGAUGAAUAUGAUGGCUGCUUCUUAGGGUUGUCACCUUACAUAGCUGUUGUAACAAAUGUGGAGUGGGAGCAUGUGGAUUUUUUUCAAGACGAGGAAGCAGUUAAAACAUUUUUCAGGAGGUUCCUCAAAAGAAUCAGAGUGGGUGGACAUCUCAUCAUAUGUGGGGAUGAUGUUGGUGCACGUUCCUUGUUAGAUUACACAAGUGAAGGAAGUAAACCAGAGCGUGCAAGUGGAACUAUGUCGGUUACAAGUUCAGAUGUAGAUGGUUAUAACAUAAUAACUUACGGAAUUUCAAGUACUAACGAAUGGCAUGCUUCAUCAAUUUGUCCCAACUCAAAGGGUGGCACUGACUAUGUACUUUAUCAUAAAGGACAGCCACUGGCAAAUAUUAGCUUACAGAUUCCAGGAGCUCAUAAUGUCCUCAACUCUCUAGCUGUUAUUGCCACAGUGACGGUACUCUUACAAGGCCGAAGACAAGUACAUGAACUAAUAAACUCUUUAAAGUUACAUUUGCUCGAUUUCAUUGGUCUUUCUAGACGCUUUGAGAGGAUUGGAAAAAUACACGGAUGUGAUAUAUAUGAUGAUUAUGCACACCAUCCAACCGAAGUAUAUUUUGUUCUUCAAGCAGCACGACAGAGAUUCCCAUCAAUGAGACUAGUGGUGGUAUUCCAGCCUCAUACAUACAGUCGGUUAGCUGUUUUAAAGGAUGAUUUUGCUGUUGCAUUAAGUCACGCAGAUCACGUUGUGGUUACAGCGGUUUAUUCGGUCCGAGAAGCAGGUCCACGGAAUGUUUGUGGAAAGGAUUUAGCUACUUCAAUCAUCAGUUCUACAUCCGAAUACAUCCCCUCUCUGGAUGACGUGGUUGAUAAACUAGCACUUGAGAUAUGCAAGGACCCUCUUCGUGAAAUCGUUAUAUUGACCCUUGGUGCAGGUGAUAUCAAUACAGUGGGUCCUAAAUUGCUGCACGAAUUGCAAAAGAGAUUAUGCAUUGCAUAAUGUAAAGCACAAGCAGCCAUUACUGGCAUAAAGCAAAGAGAGAUUCUCUAGUAGGACAAAAGCAAAUAAAAAAUUGUACUCUGCUUCUUAAGAGGGCAGUAUUGGAACAUAGCAUUUUAAUUUCUUAAUUUUUUUUGUUAUUUUUCAUAGUUAAAUUUGAAAGAUAAAAGAUGAUGAUUAAAUUAUAAAUAAAUAUAUGAAAAAGAUAUUGAUAAACUAUAAA